CAUGCUAAUGUGCAGUCAUCGUACAACAAUCGUGAAGUUUAAGUUAAAAUCGCGCAGUGUUUUAUAAUUAUUAAUACGAUGUUAAAAAUAUAAAAUUCGUGAUGAAUGUCGUAUAUUCAACGAGUUAUGGACAGAUUUAUAUUUUUUUUUAUCGAGAAUAAAGAUAUGUUGUACCGGUGUUUGGAUGUUCGUGAAAGCAAUAUAAAAGCUGUCUCCGCGGACCAAAAAAAAAGGAACCGUUGGCAUCUCACUGUAUUAUCAGUCCGUGACCUUGUUGUUAUGUCCAUUGUCGCAAUAGCGCGCAAACAGUAUUCGCGUGAUACAUGGGACUAGCGUUAGACCGCAGAACUUGUUUUUUUUGCACCGCCAAUCGCCGCCAAUAUUGACCAAGUAGCGCCUACGCACGUACGAUUCAUCGGAGACGGAGUGGCUGUCCUUGCCGAACACCGUCAAACGCUAGCAACACAGAGUACUCAAUAUAACCUCGUGGGACACGCCGUAUACUCGAGAACACCUUUGUGGCGCGGCGAGAUAGCCAGUAGCCACGUGGUCUGCCGACAUUUAGAAUCAAGAUUCGCUCGAUCACCCAAGCACCGUGUGUUUUGUGUUCAAAGGUUCAGACUCGACCGAGUUCACCGUCUUGACAAAAAGAAGAGAAAGCGCACGUGACGAAUGCAUACAUGCAUUGAUCAAGCUGUAUCAAUUAUAGAUGAUUCAUGGUGUUAUAUGAGAUUUUUCAAUAAGUAUUUUUGACAAUAAAGGAGUUGCAGUAAAAAAGACAAUUAACUGCAAUGGAUCAAAGGAAAAGAAAAAGGGAAAAUUCAGAAAAUAAAUAUUUGACAAAUAUUUGUGAUGAAGUCAUUUAUGUUAUAAAGUCCCACGUACCUGAGAAAUUUCCUGAUGAUGUUUUUACAAUUAAGUAUAUUGCUGAUAUACAUAAAGCAGUAUCAAAACGAAUUAAUAAAUAUAAACUUCCAAUAUUCCCUACACCUGAACAUUCAUUAAAAUAUUAUGAGAAAAUAAUUUCUUUAAUAGCCAAAAAAAUUAAGAUUACAAUUGCAACAGAACUAUUAGAAGCUGAUUAUUUUUCAAUAUAUAUUGAUUCUUUGCCAGACACUGAUGAAUCAGCGAUUUAUAUUCGGUAUGUUAAUGAUGAUGGUAUACCAGUAAAACGGUUUCUGGAUAUUAUAAAUAAAAAAGCAGAUAAUGCUUUGCAAAUAAUGGAUAUAAUCCAUAUGGUACUUGACAAAUAUAGUUUGUAUCGUAGUGGUUUUAUGGGACUAUCAUACGAUAUUAAUAGUAAUUUACCUAUACACAGUUCUGGUUUAAAGAGUAGUCUAAAAACAAUUAACAAAUUAGCUGAAAUUUUACCAUGUUCAUCGGAUUCUCUAAGUUCAGUUAUGGCUAAGGCAGCAUCUACUUUCUGUGAAGGAAAUAAUUUUCUUACAACAAUUGAUAAACUAUUGAACUUUUUAUCGUCUUUUAAAACCCAAUGGUAUGAGAUACAAAUUUUAUUAAAAAAUCUGCCUGAAAUUAAUAAUUUAUCGAAAAAUAAAUUGCUCCAAUACCUUAAUAGAAAUUGGUCAACAAUUGUAAACGCAUUGUUUCAAAUAUCUGAAAACUUGAGUUUUCCUCAAAAAGUUCGUACUCAAGCUUUUAUAAUUAUGGUGAAGAUUAAAAGAUUGGAAACAUGUAUCUUAGCAAUGUUUUGGGAAGAAAUUAUAGAACUAACUACAAGUUUUGAAGAUAAGUUACAUUUACUUGUGUCUACUGAAUUUAAUUUCUACGAGAUUCUUGAGAUUUAUCAAUUACUAGUAAAUCAUUUAAAUAAUUUUCGAACCAAUGAAAAAUUUAUGGAUUUUAAGACUCGUGCGUUUCAAAAAUCUAAAAUUCUACAUUUCAAUAACAAACAUUAUGUCGAACAACCACAAAUGAGAUUUCCUGUUGAUUAUAUAGAUGACGCCGAAAGAUUUAAAACCAACACUUACUUUUCAAUAAUAGAUGAAAUACAAUCUGAAUUUAAUAACAGAAUUGUUAUUUACAAUGAUUUGGCACUCAAUUUUGACUUUUUAAAUACAAUCUCAGAAAGAAGAAUAAAUAGAAUACCGAAAAUUGAAGCUCUACUAUAUAAAUACCGAGAACUAACAUUCCACAUUGAUAGCGAAUCGUUUGACUUAUUUGAGCUUUUUCCUAAAUAUGUAAUAAAUAAUCCAGACUACCCAACUACUAUUAAAGGAGUUAGUACUUUUAUAAGAUUAGAUGGGUUUAAAGAACAUUUUUCACAAAUUUCUAAAGUGAUACAAAUAGCAUUAUGCAUUCCAGCUACCAAUUGUCCUGUUCAAAAAUCCUCUUCUGAAUUAAAAAAAGUUAUAACUGCUUUGGAAUCAAUAACAAACAAGGACACCUAUAAAUCGUUAUUACUCAUAAAUAUGGAGAGGCAAUUUUUCGAUACAAUGGACUUAAGUCAUGUUACUGAAAACUAACUUCAAUAAACUAUUGAAUAAUUAUAAUAUUUAAGAUUAAUUGUUUAUAAAAUCAGUAAUGUAUUCAUAAAUAAUGUAUAUGUUUUUUUUUUUAAGAUGUACUCUCCUCAAUUGUAAUUAUAGGAUGAUGAGGUUUUAGCAAUAACCCUAAGGUUGCCAACUUUCAAAUUGCAUAAUGUAAGAUAAUUUUUGAUGUACAAUUAUUAUACCUAUCAUAACUUCUUGAAGAGAUUUAACUUCAAAGCAUUGUUAGACAGAACAAAUUAAACAAAUAUUAAAUGAUUGGCAAUUCUA